GAGAGAGCCCUUUACCACUUUUAUAUGUUGCACGCAUCCAUCCACAGAAGGAAACACAAGGAGGACAAGGGUACUCCACAGACAAGAGAAAGAAAACCCCAUUUAAAGCUCUUUUUUCUUUUUGUACUGUGCACAUCACAAGAAGAACAAAGAUGGGUUUUUGAAGGGGGGGAGAGAGAGAGAGAAAUAGGGAUUGAAGAAAAACAAGAAGAAGAAGUAGCCGUGCAAGUGAAAUAAGGUGAGAUGUGUUUGUUGUUGUUGUUGUUGCUGAAAUGGGUUUGUUGAACACAACUGCAUGCAUUUGACAACUAGUGUGUUUCUGUCAGAGCUUGAAAUAUCAAAUCAAAAGCUCAGAUCUUGGUCUUUGUUUUCACCACAAAUUUCCCACCUGGUAGCUUGAGCUCGCUGUUCAUCAUACAUCAUCAAUUUUCGUUAGCCUGAGCCCUUAACUGAAACCCAUUUUGGAGUUUGCUCUUCUUCCAACUUGUUGUGUGUUGAUUUUAGAUGAAGGCCGUGCCCCUACCCUUUCAGGAAUUUAGAGGGGACGGGGUGUUAGAUUUUGCUUCUGGUGGCGGUGGUGGUGUUUCAGAUUCGUUGUUACUACCACAGCAAGAACAAUUUCUUCAAAGGUGGACCCACAGGGAAAACUGUUGCUAUGUGGGCAUUGAGCCCACCUCUGCUUUGGACGUCAGAAGAAAACCAAGCCCUCCCACAUCCUCCUCUACACUGUCUUCCUCACACGGCAGCGGCGGCAGCUGCGGCUCAAUCGAUAACACCACCGGCGUGGCGGCAAAGUUCUCAGGCGAAAAGGAUAACAACCCACCUCAAGCAGGGUUAGAAGUUGGCCAGGGAAGAUGUGGGAUGGGAAUGGAGGAAUGGGAGAGUGUGUUGUCUGAGUCACCAGGUCAAGACCAUUCCAUUCUGAAAUUGAUUAUGGGGGACAUUGAGGACCCAUCUGUUGGAUUGAGCAAGCUUUUGCAGAGUGGAAGUGGUUCUCAAGAUGUUGAAUUCAAUGGGGUUGGAGUGGGUUUUAGUUUUGUGGAUCAAAGUUCUGUGCUUGACCCCAUUUCUAGUAUCAACUUUGUGAGCAGCAUUGACCCUUCUGGUCCUGGGAAUUGUUCUGAUUUCCCUUUCAACGUCAACUCCAAUAUUGCUAGAGUUGGCUCUGGUGUCAAUACUAACCCUGUGUUCCCUUCUUCAGUUAGCAAUCUCUCACCAACUUCACUCCCUCAGGGUGUGUUUCAGCCACAAAAACAGCAGCAACAACCAAUAGAAUCUCUUGAUGAGAAGCUACAAGUUCUCAAUCCCCAGUUCGUUUUGAACCAAAACCAAGCUCCGUUUAUGCAAAACCCAGGUUUGGUUUUGCCUUUGACAUAUGCCCAGCUGCAAGAACAUCAUCACCUUCUCCCUCAGCCUCCGGCUAAACGUCUGAAUUGUGGCCCUGCUGCACCAAAUUAUCAGGUUCCAAAGACACCCUUUUUGGAUUCUGGUCAAGAGCUGUUCCUUCGGAGGCAGCAACAGCAGCUUCAACUCUUUCCUCACCAUCUGCAGCAGAGGCCGUCCAUAGUGGUGGCACCGAAGCAGAAAAUGGUGAACCCCGGCGGCGGGAGCGGCAGUCAAGACUUGGCGACCCACCAGCUUCAACAGGCUAUAAUUGACCAGCUUUUCAAGGCUGCAGAGAUGAUGGACGGCAGUAAUCCGGAACACGCGCACGGGAUAUUGGCGCGGCUCAAUCAGCAACUUUCUCCCAUUGGGAAGCCUUUUCAGAGGGCUGCUUUUUAUUUCAAGGAGGCCAUGCAAAUGUUUCUCCAUUCAAAUGGCAACAACAGUUCUUUGGCCUUCUCGCCCACUGGUCUAUUGCUCAAGAUUGGUGCUUACAAGUCAUUCUCAGAAAUCUCACCAGUUCUGCAAUUUGCCAAUUUCACAUGUAGCCAGGCAUUGCUUGAAGCUGUGGAAGGGUUUGAUCGCAUUCACAUAGUAGAUUUUGAUAUUGGGUUUGGUGGACAGUGGUCUUCUUUCAUGCAAGAAUUAGCACUCAGGAAUGGCGGUGCACCUGCUCUCAAGAUCACAGCAUUUGUGUCACCCUCCCACCAUGAUGAAAUUGAGCUCAGUUUCACUCACGAGAAUUUGAAGCAAUAUGCUGAUGAGAUUAACAUGACCUUUGAGCUUGCGAUUCUUAGCCUCGAGUCUUUGAAUUCUGCUUCCUGGCCCCAGCCACUUCAUGGUUGCGAAGCUGUUGUGGUUAACUUGCCUAUUGGCUCUUUUUCAAAUUACCCCGCAUACCUUCCUUUGGUCCUUCGCUUUGUCAAGCAGCUCAUGCCCCAAAUUGUGGUUACAUUGGAUAGAAGUUGUGAUCGAACUGAUGCACCAUUUCCUCAGCAUCUGAUUUUUGCACUUCAUUCUUAUUCAGGGCUACUUGAGUCACUUGAUGCUGUUAAUGUUCACCCAGAUGUCCUGCAGAUGAUUGAGAAGUAUUAUCUUCAACCAGCAAUGGAGAAGCUUGUUCUGGGUCGUCAGCAUUUUCAGGAAAGAACACUUCCUUGGAAAAACCUGCUCUUGUCAUCUGGGUUCUCCCCGGUGACAUUUAGUAACUUUACAGAGUCCCAAGCAGAGUGUUUGGUGCAGAGGACUCCUGGUAUGGGAUUCCAUGUGGAGAAGAGGCAGUUUUCCCUUGUUCUAUGCUGGCAAAGGAAGGAUCUCAUCUCAGUUUCAACUUGGAGAUGCUGAAGGGGAAUCAUUUUACACCUUUGAACUACCAAUUAGUUUUUAAAUACAAAGGAACACUAGUCACCUUGUAAAAAUGAUGCUUGGCUUGAUCCCUGACAAAGUCUCUCUCUCAAACACAUUUGUAAGGCCAAUUUGCUAUUUGAAUACUAUUCACGUAGUUGAAGAGUCCCCC